GUAAUUAUUAAAAAAAAAAAAAAAAGAUGGCGGAGGAGUAUCCCCGCAGCGUCAACUUCGGGCCGCCGCGCAGCUUCGGCAGCGUGCUGAGGUCGAAGAUGAAGGAGACGUUCUUCCCCGACGACCCUUUCCGGCAGUUCAAGAGCGAGACGUCGGCGGGGCGUCGGGCGGUGAAGGGCCUUCAAUAUUUCAUCCCUAUUUUGGAGUGGCUGCCCAGUUACUCCUUCAACCUCUUCAAGUACGACCUUCUCGCCGGAAUCACCAUCGCCAGCCUCGCCAUUCCUCAGGGCAUCAGCUACGCCAACCUCGCGCAGUUACCCCCAAUUAUCGGCCUUUAUUCGAGCUUUGUUCCUCCGCUUUUGUACGCAAUAUUCGGGAGCUCGCGGCAUCUGGCGGUGGGAACAGUGGCGGCCUGCUCCUUACUAAUUGCGGAAACUAUUGAACACAAGGCUGAUCCCUCCACUGAGCUUUACGUGAGCUUAGUGUUCACCGCCACUCUCUUCGCCGGUUUGCUUCAGACGGCGCUGGGAGUGUUGAGAUUAGGUAUAUUGGUGGAUUUUCUGUCGCAUUCGACAAUCACAGGAUUCAUGGGAGGAACGGCGGUGCUCAUAAUAUUGCAGCAGAUGAAGGGAUUGCUGGGUUUGAAGCAUUUCACCACGCGCACCGGCGUCGUCUCUGUUAUACGUGCCAUUAUCGACAAUCGCCGUGAGUGCAACUGGAAGUGUGCACUCAUUGGUAUAGGAUUCCUCAUCUUUCUCCAACUCACUAGAUCUGUUAAAAAGUUGAAAUCGAACCUAUUUUGGGUGUCGGCGAUCAGUCCGAUGGUGGUGGUUGUAACAGGUUGCCUCAUUGCUUAUUCUGUUGGUGCCAAAUUGGGUCUUUCCACGGUGGGGCAUCUGAAGAAAGGAAUAAACGCAUUUUCCGUUCAUCGUCUCAUCUUCAAGUCCGACUAUGUUUUUGCGCCACUCAAAGCUGGAUUAAUCACUGGAUUGAUUGCUCUCACAGAAGGAAUAGCGAUUGGAAGAAGUUUUGCGCUAUCAACAAACGACCAAAUUGAUGGUAACAAGGAGAUGAUAGCUUAUGGCAUGAUGAACAUAGUUGGAUCUAUGACAUCCUGCUAUUUAACCACCGGUCCAUUCUCGAAAACGGCGGUGAAUUUCAACUCGGGUUGCAAGACGCCGAUGGCGAACGUGGUGCAGUCGAUCUGCAUGCUGAUGGUGCUGCUGUUCCUGGCCCCUCUCUUCAGCCACACGCCCCACGUGGCGCUGGCCGCCAUCAUCAUCUCCGCCAUGCUCGGCUUGAUCAAGUACAAGAAGGCCUACCACCUCUUCAAGACCGAUAAAUUCGACUUCCUCAUCUGCAUGUCUGCUUUCUUUGGCGUCUCCUUCAUCAGCAUGGACAUGGGUCUCAUCAUCUCCGUCGGCCUCGCCUUAGUCCGAGCCAUGCUCUACAUGGCUCGCCCCGCCACCUGCAAGCUCGGAAACAUACCCAAUUCCAACUUGUAUCGCGACGUCGAGCAGUAUCCUGACACUAUUGGCCAUUCAGGAUUCUUGCUUUUGCAGCUUGGCUCCCCCAUUUAUUUUGCAAAUGGGACUUACAUAAAAGACAGGAUCUUGAGAUGGGUUCGGGAUGAAAACUCUAGGCAGGAAAUCCAAUAUGUGUUGCUCGACCUAGGAGGUGUGACGGCAAUCGAUCAUACAGGAGUGGAAGCUCUGCUUGAAGUUAGAAAAACCUUAGAAAACAAAGGGGUCAAGAUGCUUUUAGUGAACCCUAGAAUUGAUGUGAUGGAUAAGUUGAUACUGAUGGGAACCAUCACCAAGAUUGGGAAGGAAGCAGUGUAUUUAUCAAUUGAGGAUGCACUUCAUGCAUGCAAAUUCACCAUCCGGCAACCUGCAACCUCUCAAGACCUAAUGGAUGUAGCCUUGUAAUAUUACAUACAUUCACCAAAAAGUUGUCUCUCUCACGUGGCGUGGCAGUCGACAUAUAGAGACUAGUCUAAUGUGGGCUUCAUAAUCAUGAAAUGAAAUUUAUGGGUUUCUUA